CAUUCUUCCACGACGGGAGGUGGUCAUUUCAUAAUAUCGUGCUGAACGAUUUCUACUCUUCGGGAAUUCCAACACCUCAAAACGUCUACUACGUCGAGCAACGGCAGACAUCACGUUUACAUAGCCAUGGCAUUUCGUUAUCUGUGGUUUGCGGUCGCCUGUACGGCUCUAACUUCUGCUGUUGCGCACAUCUUUUCAGGAUCAGCAUGCGACUUCACUGGAAUUGACGUGGAUGGCGCGAUUACGAGACUCAUCGCCAAGUUUCCCGAUCACGAUUUUAUUGGACGCGAAAAAUUUUACCCUGUUGUUGCUGGCUUUGAAAUGCGCGGUUUCAAUGCCAGUGGAUUCCACAAAUUGAAACAGUACGGUCCCGCGAUCCCGUACUGCAUCAAUGGUACCCGUAUGGUGCAAGUAGACUUCAUCAACACAGGCGUCGUGGUGCUGACAAUGCCCUGGAGACACUGUUCUGGACAAGAAGGCACAUUUAGUCUGCGUUCUGAACUAUCGCGUUUUACGACGCAAUUUCACAUUAGACAAAGUGAGAGAGACAAGGGCAUCAAGCUUUUCUACCAGGGACCCACAAUUCCUUUGACAACCCAGAAUAUCCAGAUCAACGUGGAUGGCGCUGGGAGGAGCGCAAAUGCAGUGGCGGGAAUCCUGGCCAUGGUUUUUCCCGCAAUAACCAAGGAGUUGUGGGAUCAGCAGUUCCUUUACUCACUCAGCCGAGCUUUGCAUCAAGCCCUUAAUUAGAUCUGUAAUAAUCAGUUCAUGCUACAUAAAACUAUUAUUUAUUAAAAUAUAGCCGGUUACCGUCAAUGCGGUAGCAACAUGAAAUGGCCUGGGUGAAAAAUUUACAGACAAAUCUCACCUAGGGGAGAUCGCUCAUAAAA